UACCGGAUUAAACAACAGGCAACAUGCGAUCUCAGCAUCUAACGAACGGAACAUUUUACAGUGUUCUUUUCGAUUGUCAUUCUUCCUGUCGCUUUGGGUCAAAUUAGGUUAUAUUCAGUUAUAUUAUUAUUAGAUUCGGUGGUUGAAGACAACGUGCAUAAACAUGUCCCAAACAAAGUCCAAAAGGGGCUCCCAGUGGGUCCAGUGUGAAAAAUGUGCAGCCUACUUAACCAGCAAACAUAUGUCGCAUCAUGAGGAGUUUUGCCCACAGAAGUUGGAUGAUUUUGAGCAUCCAUUUAUACUGGAUCAGGUGCUCUAUGGGGUUCUGGAGCUGAAACAGUCUGAAGACAUAAAAAAUCUGAGUUCCCGAGAGAAGGACGGUUUGGUGUUCCUUAGUCAAGCCGCUAUGCAGCUUUGUGGCUUUCCAAUCGGGGAAUUUGUGAUGGUGGAGCAGUUGGCACAAAAGGCAGCCCCUCUAGUCAGGAAAGUGUGGCCCACCGCCGGAAAAAGCCUCACUUCAGUCAUGGUGACUAAAAAUGGUUUGGAGAAUUCGAAAUUUGAGGUAAAUGAUAAGCUCAGGGUGAGAACGUUUGAUAAAUCAGCAGCUUCAGUGGCUAGCCAAGUGUCGGUGGUUUUGCUGAAUGGGCCCAAAUCGAUGGAAAUCGGCCCUGAGCUGAAUAGCCGCAUUUGCAAAACCUACGAAGAUAGAUACGUUACGAACAACAGCAUAAUCCAUCUAAUGUUUUAUGGAACGAAGCUUCAGUUUGAGGUAAAACUAAUUGAACAAAGCAAUAUUUGCCAAAUGCUUGAGGGCCUUUCUGUAGGUGCCCACAGAAAGUUCUAUUUAGUUGAUGACAAAACGAAGUGGAAGAUAUUUGGCACAGAAAUAGCCUUUGUUGAAUCUACUCGAACGGAAGCCCACUAUCAGGUUGCAGGAUUGGAUGAGGAAACGAGGGAAAUUAGGGAAUUGAUCAAUGCCGCAUUUAAAUCCUCCAGUACGAACGGCUUCAUGCACAACAAGUCUGUACUUUUAUAUGGUAACACCGGAACUGGUAAAACUACACUGGCCAAAUUUAUUGCACACACUCUUCGAGUCAAUGUGGUGGAAAUAUCUGCCACAUAUUUGUACAGUAAAAAUUCCAAAAGCCCCGAAGAAACCGUCAAUAAAUUGUUCAAGAGCGCCAUAGAUAAGUCACCAAGUGUAAUUCUUUUGGAYGAAAUUGAUAUUUUGUGUCCUUCGAGAAAUGGUCGGAUAGUUGAGGCUGAGAAGCGCAUCAUUUCCACAAUGCUGGCUCGCAUGGAUGAACUAUCGCAAAUCGCAGCCAAAGUCUUCAUUAUCGCAACCACCAACAAGAUUGAUCAGAUUGAGCCGGCGUUCCGAAGAUGCGGCAGACUGGACCGGGAAAUCGAAAUCCCAACUCCAAACCCCAAAGCGCGAAAACUCAUUCUGCGCAAAAUACUCUCCGCCAUGUCUCAGAAGGUUUCUGAGGCCGAACUACAGGAAAUUGCGAUGACUGCGCACGGAUACGUGGGCGCUGAUCUGGUAUCUGUCUGCUCUCAAGCCAGUUUGCUCAGCUCGAGACGGUCAGUCCCGAAAAUAGAUUUGGAUGACCUGAAGGCGGCGCUGAGAAAAGUCCGGCCGAGUGCGAUGCGUGAGGUUCAGAUUGAGACACCCAAUGUGAAAUGGACAGACAUCGGCGGACACAGUAAGAUGAAGGCCUUGUUAAGCCAGUCGGUAGAGUGGCCUUUAAAGUACCCGGAGAGCUUUAAAAGAUUGGGAAUCUCGCCGCCUAAGGGAGUUCUAAUGUUUGGCCCUCCCGGUUGCUCUAAAACUAUGAUUGCGAAGGCUCUAGCAACGGAAAGCGGCCUAAAUUUCAUUACCAUAAAAGGAUCAGAAUUAUUUAGUAAAUGGGUGGGAGAGUCCGAAAAAGCGAUUAGGGACGUCUUUAGGAAAGCGCGACAAGUUGCCCCUUCUGUGGUGUUUUUCGACGAAAUUGACGCUCUCGCAGGCGAAAGAAGCUCUGAUGCGACUACUAGUGUCCAAGAGCGCGUUUUGGCCCAGCUUCUGACUGAGCUAGAUGGAAUCACUCCGCUAGCUGAUGUUAACAUUUUAGCAGCCACUAACCGACCUGAUCGGAUCGACAAAGCCCUAAUUCGCCCUGGCAGGAUAGACAGGGCUGUUUACGUGGCAUUGCCAGACGCCGAUGUUAGACGGGAUAUUUUCAGAAUCCAGUUUCUCAAAAUGCCGACUGAAGGCGUGUCCGUUGAAAUGCUGGUAGAAGCAACGCAAGGCUACUCCGGCGCGGAAAUCACGGGCAUUUGCAAAGAAGCGGCGAUGUUCGCCCUAAGCGAAGACAUCCAAAGCAAAUGCGUCCGAAUGGAGCACUUCGAGAUGGCUCUAAAGCUGGCGCCACCUCGAACGCCGCCAGAAUUGCUGAAGAUUUACGAUAACUUUGUCAUUGGUGCUAAAUAAAUACAUAAAUCCUAUCAAA